AUGGCUGAUAAACCUGAGCAGUCGCCUCAGAACUGGAGUGAGUCUGAAGUAAGUGCCUGGCUUAAAUCCAUUGGAGUAAAGGAGCAAUACAUAAAAAAGCUCCAUGAAGAGGAAGUGGAUGGACAAACCCUUCUUGCACUCAAUGAGGACUUUUUAAAAACUGAGAUUUGCAUGAAGUCAGGGCCUGCCCAUUUGAUUAUACAAAAAAGAGAUGCUCUUCUUAACGCUCUACAAAAAUGUCAGGGGAACAAAAAGCCCCCUGGUGGUGCCAAAAACUCUAAGUCUGAGCCAAAUAACAAGCAGAGAUCAGCUCAAGGUUCCUCUACAGCAGGCGACAGUCCUCAACUUCCUGUGAGAGACCAACAUGUGUCUGAGGAGAAACUAACUCCUCCAGAACAAAGCACGUCGUCUUCAAAGGACGACUGCAAACCACGACCAUUUGAUGAAGAAGGAAUUGAUUUCAUUUAUGUCAAACACAGAGUGCUCCAGCCUGAAUCAGGUGCCUUCAAUCUGAUGUCUCCUUGUCACGAAUACAAGUCUUUUGCUUUAGCUGCUACACUGGACCGAACAAGACUCCAAGCAAAGUUUGCUAAGGAGGUUCUGAAAUUUGCAUCAGGCUGUAUGAAUAUCAGAUCAAAUGGCACUAUACACUUUGGUGUGAUGGACAGCAAGGAGGAUGCAGGAUAUGUGCACGGUGAGAUAAUUGGAAUUCCUGUAAAAGAAAAGGACAUGUAUGUAGAUGCUUUGGACCACAUUGAAAGAAGCUUCUCCAAUGACAAAGAACAUGUACGCCAGUGUGUGCGACCUCCAACUUUCAUUGAAGUUAUGGAACAAAGUAACAAGGAGCAAAGUACAGAAAAGAGGUAUGUGGUGGAGGUGGAUAUUGUGCCUUCACUAAGCAUCGUCAGGAGUAAGGUGUAUGUUGUCAAGUUGCCAAAUUUCAAAGAGUUAUCUAACAAAGUGGAAUUUGAAAAAGAAUUGAUUCUACGAAGAGUAGGCUCUAAAACGGAGCCUGUAAGUGACAAAGACAUAGGUGAUUUUUACCAACGGGUCAAAGAUCGUGAUGCUCAAAGAGAGGAAGCAGAGAAAAAUCUGUUCCUCUGUGCUCCAGAGAUGUGCCAAGACCUUGGACGAAAGCUCUCAAUGCUACUGACCAGUGGGAAGAAGUUCAUUGAAAAAGAAAAAUGGUUCAUACUGGUCACAAACAAAUUCAAACCGAAUGACCUCUGUAACAUUGACUGGCUACUCAACAUGAAUGUGUUCUGUGUGUUUGAUUUUGACCCAGACUCAAAGAUUUCAGGUCUUUGCAGUGUGUACCUCCAGCACCAUGCUGCAAAUGUGCAUUUUCUGCAAAGCUACAGGAUACCUGCUGGCAUGAGCGUCAAAGAUUUCACGAGCCAUUUACAUCUGUUUGGGCAGACUAGUUGGAUCUUUUGCAAUGGAUGCACUGAUUUCAAAGGAAAUGAAACUCAGGUUGAUGAAAUGACCUGGAUUAAGUCAAAAAUGACUUUCCUACGAGAGUCUGUGUCUCUGAUUUGCAAACAGAUUUUACCGAAAGGGACAUUUCAGGUCAUUUUUCUCCUUACGUCACCUGUGGAAAAACCACUCCUGCACACCUUUUAUGAGUUUUUCACAGACAUGGAGGGUCAUGAGGACAUCAUCUGCAUCUGUGAAUCUGAGAAAAACUACCAGAAAUGGCAAAGCUUUGCAGAGGGUUCAUGUGGAAAGGAAGUGGUUAACAAUUCAAGUGUUGUUGGAAUGAAAUUGAGUCACAUCAAUGCCACCCUGCAGUAUGUACAACCUGUCAAAGCACGUGUCCAAAAACAUCUCCCAGUUUUUGUGAAAGGGACGUGUCUGCUUGAAACACAUAUAGAAGAACAAAUGUAUUCCCUGGAAAUUCUGACAGUCAAUCACUGUGAUGCAACAAACAAAGACUUCAUCAACGAAGAAAAGACAAACAUUGAAGAACAGUUCUACCGAGGUGGGAGAGUGACCUGGUUGAACUUCUGGCUUGCUGAGCAUGAGUAUGUUGGAGAGCUUAUUAAAAGAGAGGCCUAUCAUGAAACGUCCAAGCUUCUCAGUGAUGCAUUGAAAAAUAAUGUGGAUCAGACUCCGGUGAACUCUAUAAACAUCUAUCAUCACCCUGGAAGUGGAGGAAGCACAGUGGCAAGACAAGUGCUGUGGAACAACAGGAAACAUCUAAGAUGUGCAGUGGUAAAACCUUCAUACUCGGUUUCUGUUGUUGCACAGCAUACAGUGGAGCUAAGAGAAUAUGAAGAAAAAGAUCCUCAGAAGUGCCUUCCAGUGCUGCUCUUCAUUGAAGACAUGGACAAAGAGUAUUUACAUGAUCUCAGGAAUGAACUAGAGGAAGCCGUAAACAUCAAACGAAUCCAGUAUGGAACUCUUUGUUUCAUUUUGUUGAGCUGUAGACGUUCCCACGAUCCAGAGAAAAAAUGUAAGGAGUCUCCACUGCAGAAUGUGUCGGUCACUCACAAACUAUCUGCUCAAGAGAAGAGAAAGUUUGCCGGAAAACGCCAAGAUCUUCAGGAACGAUAUACACCUGAGUUCAUACUGACCUUUGUUUUGAUGAGUGAAGGAUUCUCUGAAGAUUACAUCCAAGGCUUUGUGAAACACUUGCUUCAAGGCAUUGAACGUCAUUCAGUUGCCACUCGCCUCAUUCUCUAUGUCGCAUUGCUAAACACGUAUGUUCAAAACUCUUUCAUCUCUCAGUCCCAUUGUGAAGCCUUGCUUGCCUUAACCAUUCACUUGGAAAGGUUCCGCCAGCACAAUUUUGAAACGUCACUCAGUGAUCAGGCUAAACUUGUCCUUUUGCACCUCAGAGAUGAGAAGACACACAUUGAAUCAAUCAGAAUCAUACAUCCACUUGUUGCAAAAGAAAUACUUCAACAACUUCUGGAGAACAACGAGACCCAAAGCAGACUGGCAAUGAGUUUGCUCUGUGAAGAGGUUCUCUUUGAGCACCGAUUUGGAAGGGAUGAGUAUUUGUCAUUUUUAAGGCACCUUUUCUUAAGGCGAUCCAGAAUAAGUAAGGGAGAUGAGUAUGACAGUUUCUUCUCUCCUCUCAUUGAGUACAUGUGUGAAAUCGAGAAAAGCCCUAACAAAGCAAUUGAAUUACUCGAGGAAGCUUUCCAGCGUUUCCAUCAAGAUCCUUUCUUUGCACAACAACUUGCUCGUCUUCAUUACACUUACGAAAAGUUUGAAGAAGCAAAACACUGGGCUGAGACAGCUGCUAAACAGUUGCCCAAUAACUCAUAUAUACUUGACACAAAAGGACAAGUUUACAGAAAAUGGUUCCAAGCGAAAUUUAAAACAAUAGAGAAUGGCAACUUGUCAAAGACGGCCCAAAGUACAGCCGAUGCUGUGGAGACUGCCCUGAAAGCCAUAGAGUGUUUUCAGGAAUGUGAGAGGGCAACUGAGGCUGACAUGGAAGACGUUAACAGUUCGGGGUUUUUCAAUGAAGUCGAGGUUGGAUGCAAUCUUCUCAAACUGAUCUCCUCGCUCCAAGUCUUUUCAAACAGAACCAAUGGCCACUCCGAAUGUAUGAAGUACCUGUUAACAGGUUACAUUCCAGAAGAACUUGAAAGUGCCUGGGAACCAUUUCAUUCCCGUUUAAAAAAACUUCACAAGACGAUGCAAGAUGCCUUGGAAUGGAUCUCUGAGGACCUCAGUUACUUUCAAACAGAUGUUGGAAUUGAAGAAGAGACCCCUGAAAGUCCUGAAGAAAAGAUAAGCCAUCCUCUCACAUGGUUGGCAAAAAAAUCUUCUGAGUAUGGGAAGUACUUCAGUGAAGCAGAUUCUGUUGUACUUCUGCAACAAGACCAGUCAAUCCCAGCCAAGCUCACACCUUUCCAAAAACGCAUGAUUAUCUAUCAUCUUGGAGGAGGGAACAUCAUAUCCAUUCUAUCCAAAUUAGCUGAUCAAAGAGAUGGAGUAAGACGUCUGGAGAGAAUCCUUACUCUCUAUCCCAGCAACCCUUUACAGGCCAAAUUUGGCCAAAGGGAUAUUGUCAAUUACAUAGCAGCACACAUUUCGCUCCACUGCUUGUCCCCACAAGCUCAAAAUGUAGCUUCUCUGAAAGAUCUACAGAUUCUUUGCCGUCAGAUUCCAUCUGAUAAAAGGAAAUGUUUACCAAGUGCUUUGUUUUUGCUUACCUUGCUAUUCUGGCCAGAAGAUCAUGACACAGACCAUGAGAAGGAAAGCAAAUAUGAAAUAGUCCAAUCAUCAGUUGAGCACCUUGAGAAAGGUUACUUUACCAAGCUGAAAGACAUUCCUCAACGGAGAAGAAGGAUUUACACCCAUUUUUUCCUGGGAAAUGGAAAUGGGUUGGAUAAAUUUGUCCACAAGAGACAGUUUGACAAAAUCACAAAAGGAUCCUCGGUCUCUGAGAAACGCUUGAAGUGGUUGAGUGGCGAGGCAUGGAAAAGUCCAGAGAUAGCCAAGAUGUUGAAGCGUGUUUCUGGGUGGACUGAGGAUAGAGUGGUGUACCUUGAAGGCCCACAGAAAAGGAAAUUUAAUAUUCGGCCCAUUUUUGUACCUUCAGUGCCCCACAGUAAUGAAAACAUCACCUUCUACUUGGGGUUCACCUUCAGAGGUCCGGUUGCCUGCAACAUCCUUGUGAAAAAGUAG